AAGGAGAAGCUUGCGCUUCUUAGGCGCUGGAAAGUAGAUAACCCAGAUUGGACUCAAGAAGAAGCCGCUGUCGAGCUUGAGGUCAAGGAAUCGACUUUGAGAGGCUGGGUGAAACGCUACUGGGAUGUUUGUGACAAAGAGGUUGGCUCAGAUCGCAAGCGCAACGAAGGCGGAGGACGAAAACACAAGAUGAAGCCGGACGAAUGGAGACGGGUCCCAGAAACAGCUCCGGUGGGGUCGGUUAAAUGGAGUUUUCACGCCCCCCCUACCAAGCCUCAGCAGCAAAACUCUGUUGAUUGUGAAAUUUAUCUGCUCUACUUCAUCGAAAAGAUAUCCACAGCGAUUAUGAAAGAUCGCCCGCAUACGCUACGUGGAUCAAUGGAUAAGUUGCGCUCCGACAAAUUCAAUGUCGAA